UUUUUCUCUGUACGACCGAGGAACAAGUUGAACCGUGUGGGUAGAGAACGGCUGGUGAUGUUCACAGUUGACACUUGUCUGAAAAACAAAAAAACAAAAAACGAAAAAAAACACAAUGAUGAAGCCUUCGCCUUGCGUUUAAUUAAGGUUCUUGGAAAUUAAUUUCGUCAUCAUGUUGUGUUGUUCUGAGAGACUUGACAUACCCUAGCCCAAGGUUGGUUUUGUGAGCAUACAGCUGUGAUUUUUGUAUUGCUGUUGAAUUUUGAUAAUGGAUCAUCCACGGUCAAGUUCAGGGAAUGGUGAAGACAAUGUUGGGAUUCCGGAUGAUUUGCGGUGCAAGAGGUCUGAUGGGAAACAGUGGAGAUGCACUGCAAUGUCUAUGCCAGAUAAAACAGUGUGUGAAAAACAUUAUAUCCAGGCAAAGAGGAGAGCUGCAAAUUCGGCAUUAAGGGCUAGUUUGAAGAAAGCAAAAAGGAAACCUUUAGUUGAAAGUGACAUAUACUUGGAGAGUAAAAGUGAUGAUUAUGACAUGCCAAUUGUGAACAUGAAAGAUGGUGACCAUCCUUCUGUGUCUGGCAAGAAAUAUAUGGAGAAGGUGUCCAAAAGCCAUUUUCGCUAUUCACCUGAAACACCUCCUACAAGGAGCUUGUCAGCACAUAAUUCUCUGAAGGAAAAUGAUGAUUUACAGCGAGAUGUUGUAGACGAGAAUUUGAGGUCUUAUAAGACACCACCCCAUUCUGCCAUGGACUCUUCCAGAAAUAGAUCUCAAAAGAGUACCGAUGCUAGUACUAUGAUGGAAUAUUCAGAUGGAAGCAUGAAUUGUUCUGAAGAUACUGGUGGACAAAUUUGUCAUCAGUGCCGGAGGAAUGAUAGAGAUAGAGUUAUUUGGUGCCAAAAAUGUGAUAAGAGAGGAUAUUGUGAUAACUGUAUCUCAACAUGGUACUCAGACAUCCCAUUGGAAGAAAUUGAGAAGGUCUGUCCUGCAUGUUGUGGUUCUUGUAACUGCAAGUCAUGCUUACGUGGGGAUAAUAUGGUUAAGGUAAGGAUACGAGAAAUACCUGUCCUGGACAAGUUGCAGUAUCUCUAUUCCCUUCUGUCUGCUGUGCUUCCUGUGAUUAAACAGAUCCAUCAAAUUCAGUGCUUUGAAGUAGAACUGGAAAAAAAACUUUAUGGUAAAAAGCUUUUCAUGUUCAAUUUUCAGCAUAUAACACAUAUGCAUAAUGUGACAAUUUUUGCAAUUAUUUUUCCAGGCAAUGACAUAGAUCUUGUCAGGACAAAAUUGAAUGCAGAUGAACAGAUGUGCUGCAACUUCUGUAGAAUACCUAUCAUUGAUUAUCACCGGCAUUGUGGAAAUUGCUUGAUAGAUCUGUGCCUUAGUUGCUGUCAAGAUCUUCGAGGACCAUCUACAAGUGAUAUGAAAGGAGAAAAUCAUGCUACUUUGAGAAGUCAAGGCUCAAAAACUGUGUCCGAGCAAGUUAAAAUAUCCAGACUGGGAAUAAAUAUAUCUGAAAGGUUCCCUGGCUGGAAAGCCAAUAGUGAUGGCAGUAUUCAAUGCCCCCCCAAGGAGCAUGGUGGCUGUGGUCAUCGAUCAUUGAACCUUAGCCGAAUAUUUAAAAUGAAUUGGGUUGCAAAACUAGUGAAGAAUGUGGAGGAAAUGGUUAGUGGCUGUAAGGUUCAUGAUGCUGGAACUGUUCAAUUAACUGGGUUGAACAAUACAAGACUCCUCCAGUGUGCUCACAGAGACAAUGGAGAGGAUAACUUCUUGUACUGCCCAUCAUCUCAAGAUAUUAAAAGUGAAGGGAUUGGCAAUUUUAGAAAACAUUGGGUCAAGGGUGAACCUGUUAUUAUUAAGCAGGUAUGUGACAGGCCAUCCAUGUCAGUCUGGGAUCCAAAAGAAAUAUGGAGGGGGAUUCGGGAGACAACAGAUGAGAAGUCAAAAGAUGAGAACAGAACAGUGAAGGCUAUAGAUUGCCUAGACUGGUCUGAGGUUGAUAUUGAACUUAGUCAGUUCAUCAAUGGAUACUCAGAAGGACGAUACCGCAAAGAUGGUCAGCCAGAAAUAUUGAAAUUGAAGGACUGGCCUUCUUCCAGUGCUUCUGAAGAAUUUUUAUUGUAUCAUAAACCUGAAUUUACCAGUAAACUGCCUUUACUUGAGUAUAUCCAUUCUCGGUUGGGUUUUCUAAAUGUUGCUGCAAAACUACCUCAUUAUUCCUUGCAAAAUGAUGUUGGACCUAAAAUUUAUAUGUCUUAUGGGACUAAUGAGGAACUUGGUAGAGGUGAUUCAGUGACCAAUCUUCACUUCAAUAUGCGUGACAUGGUAUAUUUGUUGGUGCACAUGUGCGAAGUGAAGCAGAAGAAAGCUGAAGCUGAGAAGAUCCAAAGAUCUGCAUCAGAAUUUGAGAUGAAUGAAUCAGCUGAGAAUCCGGAAAAGAGUUUGAAUGAAGGAAAGUUACCUGAUAUAUCACUUGAUGGACAUGAUGUGAAGAAUGAAUGUGGGGAAAAGUCUGCUGAAGACGAGGAUGAGGUAAUGGAGGAUCAAGGGAUUGAAACUAAUAUUAAUGAAGAGAAAGUCAUUAAUUCUGAACUGUUAAAUGGAGAUGGUGAAGAUAAGUCUGAAAAGAGUCUUCCAGGAGCACAUUGGGAUAUCUUCCGUCGGCAGGAUGUUCCAAAGUUAGUCAAGUAUUUGCAAGAACACUGGGAUGAGUUUGGGGAGCCUGGUGAUGAUAUAAAGGAUUUUGCUACACGUCCUCUUUAUGAAGAAAAAGUAUACUUGAAUGGGGAUCGUAAAAGAAAAUUGAAAGAAGAAUUUGGAGUUGAGCCUUGGUCAUUUGAACAGCAUUUGGGGCAAGCUGUAUUUGUUCCUGCUGGCUGCCCAUAUCAAGUGAGAAAUCUUCAGUCCACUGUCCAGUUGGGCCUUGAUUUUUUAUUUCCUGAAAGCCUUGGAGAGGCUGUGAGGUUGGUUGAAGAAAUCCAUUGCCUUCCGAGUGAGCAUGAAGCAAAACUUCAAGUUUUGGAGGUCAGGGAAAGGAAAAUUUUCCCAGAAGUCGGCAAAAUAUCACUAUAUGCAGCAAGUUCAGCUAUCAAAGAAGUCCAGAAAUUGGUGCUUGAUCCAAAGCUUGGUACAGAGCUUGGAUUUGAGGAUCCUAAUUUAACUGCAGCUGUUUCUAAGAACUUGGAUGAUGUUAUGAAGCACAAACAGAUAACUUGUGCUUGAAUUAGUGUACAAUAAUUGUAAUUUAGUCACAGGAUAGCUAAUUCUUAUAGCUGCCACAUUAUGCCCCAGAUAGAACUGUAAUAUACCAAUGUAUUUAUUUUUGGUAUUUUUAACUUAAUGUGCUUAUAUUUUAAGUAGCCAGAUUAUAGAUGCUUUAGGGAAAAUGAUAGCAAAAUGUUUAUUGCAAAUUGAUGAAACUUCUUGUGAAAUUCAAGGGCUUAUCUGAUUUGAUGGCA